AUGGCGGGGGAGGUUAUCCCGAAACUCGAACAAGUGUUGGAAAAACUUGAAAAUUUGGAACGGUAUGUAAAAGCAGUUGACGAAAAAGUGAGUAAUUUGCAGGCAAAGGUGGACUGUUUCAAAGAGCUGGAAGACGGAUUGGAUUUUGCGAACACGGAACGCGAGUCUUUCAAGGAGAAAUUUGACAAGCUGAAAUGCGAAAUUAAUCAGCUCAGGGACGAGAAACUAUACAUGGAAGUAUACCAGCGGCGGGAAAAACCUUGUUCGUUUUUUUCGGAAGUAAAGAAGCCGAUACGGAGGAGGACGCGAGAGAGGUUUUGGUUGGAUUCCUUAAAACAGAGCUUGUCAUGGAAAAUUCAGACCAAAUCGAAUUCCAAAGGGUUCAUCGUGUUGGAAAGCGUUUUUCCUCCGAUGGUAAACCUCGACAAAUAA